AUGUAUGUGAAAUGGUUUGAUGCAGUAAUGGAAUACUAUCAGAUUUUAGUGUAUUAUGUGUUUGUAAAAUUUGGAGAUUUUUGAAUUUCCCACCAGUUCUGUCCCCCGCUUGCAGGGAACGGAACCUGGAAGACAGAUGCCGGCAUCGGCCGGAGGACAUGGCCGGGGAAGCUGCAGGGGGGACAUUGCGGGAGCGCAGGACAAGGUAAGUGAUACAGGGAUCCCAGAGCAACGCUGCAGGGUAAUACCGAGUGUAGCUCGGGGUUACCGCUUCUGGUACUGAAAGUUAACCCCGAGCUACACUCUGGAAUACCUCAAGGGAGGUUAA